GGCGUUUGGUGCGGCUUUUGAAUUUUUAGCCAGACGGUUUAAGCCAGUCGUUCUCGGAUAGAUCGUGAAAUAAAGUGUACGAUAAAGUACAGAAGUGUUAAAAAAGCAUUUAAAUCUCGUUGGAGAUCUGCGGCUGAAGGACAGGAUGAGGAAGAGUGAAAUCCACGCUGCAGAGUCUGUGGCAUGUCUAAACAAGGCUCUCUGUGAGCUGAAGGACAUCUGGGAGGAGAUUGGGAUCCCAGAGGACCAGAGGCUGCAGAGAACGGAUGCGGUUCACAUGCACAUCAAAAAUCUGCUGGAUAUGAUGAUCGCAGAGGAGGAAGGUUUGAAGAAGCGCUUACUCGGCAGUAUCGAAGUGUGCAGAAAAGAGGUGUCCAGUCUGUGCAGUGAGCUACAGAUGCAGGAGUAUCAGGGGGAGGAUGGCAUUACGAUGCUGCAGCUUGAGAAGGAUCUGCGAACGCAGGUCAAAAUGAUGCUGAAAGAGAAAAGUGCUCGUCAGAGCGAGCUGAAGGGUCUGAUUCAGCAGGAUCAAGAUCUGUGUGACGUCCUGUGUGAUGAGCUCUUCCCCAUCCACCCCGAACUCGUGCCGUCACAACAGCAGCUGCAGAACUACAGACAGCACAUCAACGACCGAAACCAGGAGAAGGAGCGCCGCCAUGCCGAGUUUGUGGAAAUGAAGCACCGGAUCACCAUGUUGAUGGAGGAUUUGGAGCGGCAUCCUGACACCACCUUUGAGAAAGACGCUGUGUGUGAAGAUGAAGACGCUUUCUGCCUUUCAGUGGAAAAUCUCAACUCACUCAAAGUGUUACUGCACCAGCUUGAGGGUGGCAAAGCUGAAAGUGAAGCGCGGUGCGCGUCCAUCCGUGAUCGAAUUGAGGAGCUGUGGGAGAUGUUGCAGGUUCCUGAGGAUGAUAGGGAAAGCCUCAUGCAAAACACCCACACUAGCACAAACAGCAGACUGAACGCACUGCAGGCAGAGCUUCAGCGAUUGGAGGAACUGAAAAAGAAAAACAUAGAGUGCGUUAUUCAGAGAAUCCGAUCAGAGGUUGUCAAGUUUUGGGAGAAAUGCUACUACAGCCCGGAGCAGAGACGGGCCUUCACUCCCUUCCACAGUGAUGAUCUGGAUGAGGAGGUGUUGCGUGAGCAUGAGCUGGAGUUGGAGCGAUUGAAGCAGGAUUAUGCGGAGCACAGCGAGCUGUAUGACGCCGUUUCAACCUGGAGCAGCAACUGGGUUCUCUAUCAGGAAAUGGAGAAAAAGGCUACAGACCCGUCUCGCUUUAACAACAGAGGAGGAAACCUGCUGAAGGAGGAGAAACAGAGAGUCGACCUGCAGAAGAGUUUGCCGAAGUUGGAGAAAAGUCUGAAGGCUCAGAUUGACCAAUGGGAAGCGGCACACUGUAAAGAGUUUCGUGUGAACGGGCAGCCGUUCCUGCAAUAUGUGGAAGACCAGUGGAAUCAACACCACAUAGAGAAAGAGAGAGAGAAACAGGAACGACAAAUGAAAAAAAUGAAACAGACUGAGGAAGAUCUGCUAUACGGCACCAUCAUCAGAACCCCAACCAAGAGGAGACUCGCCGGAACACCGACGCCUGGGAAAACACGCAAGCUGAUCUCCACCUCUAGCAUGUGUAGCUCCACCCCCAACACGACACUCCGUUCUAUAUGCUCCUCCCCUUCUAUGAGACCGCCCCUUUCCUCCAGCAAGUUGGGUGCGAGGACACCUGCCCGUGGCCGAACCCCUCGUGGACUGGAGAGGAAUAAGGAGAACAUCUCCCAUCUGAGCGGAGCGUUGCGCUCAAUGGCUGCCAGCCCUCAAAGAAACUACUCCAUCACAUCCAUGGCCUCCUCCUACUCGGAAUUUGCGAAGGACUCCUGAGUCCACUGCAGCGUCCAGCGGGAGCUCUCGAAUGCUUCUAAAUCCAACGUCAAGGCUGGCGCUCUGAACUCUACCAUCACCCACUGAACUCCGAACAUCAAAGAUGAACCUCGAUGAAGACGAAACAGGCUUUUAUUGAGAUACUGAAUGUAAAUAAUUGAUUUUGUUGAACGAUUGUAAAUAGUUUGUCUCUGCUUUUGACCUUCUCGUGACCUUUUUUUUUCCCCCUUUUUAUUUAAUCGUCCUUUUUGUAUGAGUUUUAAAACAAAUGAUUGUCUUUUGAACUUGGCUUCACCUGCCGUUUUUAUACAUAUUUUAGUAACCCUGACCUUGGGAUAUAUUUGAACUUUUUUUUAAAUAUUUUAACAUCACAAUGGCAUUUAAUAGGCUUUGAGACUUUAUUUUCUGUAAUGGCACAGCACACUAAGUUUACCUAGCAUCACUCCUCUUGAAAAAUCAGUGCUACUGUGGUGGUUUGCAACCUAAAAAUGUUUCUUUUCUUGGGGACAUUUAUUUCGGAAGUGAUUUUUAUUGGGAUGGUUUAAAAAAAAAAUACUGCAUGAAUAGUGCGUUUAUUUAUACUGAUUAGCGGUGAGUAGUAGCAAAUUUGCGAGUGGUUGAAUAAAGUCAUUAAUUUAUAAACCUA